AUGUCAACGUUUUCCGGGGCAGCGAAGCUGCAAACACCGCCACAACAGCGGCAGGUGCACUACAUCUCUGAUAACGUGUACUCACUCGGAACUCUUAGUUGCGCUGUCUGUGGCCAGAGCUUCCCGAUUCACACGAACGCGUAUCAGCGCAGCACCUGCGGCUGGUGCGGAACUCUGCAUGAGCCUGGCACGCACUCGGCGCUUCAGCAGCACCUUCGCACCAUGCGCAGGGCAAGCGAUGGUGUCAAAAUGAGCAGCAAGGUGUGCUGCCUGGACACCAGCGCCGCUCUCUUCUUCACCGAGAAGGAAGUGACCGCCGCAGUGGAAUACAUUCGCCAAACGCUCGGUGACACGUCCCUCCUUGGGACAGCGCCCGGCGCCGUUGGCGGAGCGAAGCGUGCCGGCAUUACCGAGGUGGAUAAUCGCAUUAUCGAGGAUGCCUUCUGCGAGACGUGCGGUGUCCACCGCCCUUGUAAGACCUUUGCACGGCAGACGCGCAGCGCGGAUGAGGGCCAGACAAUUUUCUUCCAGUGCACCAAGUGCAGCUCGGAGUGGCAGCAGAACUCCUAA